AAGCAGAACUCGCACCGGCUGCACCUUUUGCGUUGGGCCUCUAGCGAAGUGGAACGAAGUGCGGCUCGGCGUCGCUCUCGCACGCUCGUUUGUUUGUGCCAGUUCGCUCGGAGAGUGCGCGCCACAAAGCCGGUUUCCUCAGUUGCCUCGCCUCCCAAGCAGCGGCAGGGACGCCUGCCUCGGAUUUCGCACCGUCUGGGUCGUCGCUCUGCCGGACUGUUUCGCCGAGCAAGGGGACUAUCUCCCAAAGGAUUUGCGUCGACGACUCGUGUUCGGGCUGCUCCUUCCUCCUGAAGUGCGUCGGCGGCAACCCACGAAUACGCGAGGAGGGCCGCAGGUGGUCUCCUCGGUGGCGCACGCGGGGCAGUUUUGCUGCCGUCGACUGUGUGGGGCGCGUCGGGGGGAACGCUCUCGGGGGAGACAAGUGGCUAUUUCUGCGGCGCGUCAAGCCGUGCGCGCUUCCUAGUGAAGGCGUAUCUCUUCGUCCAAAGACAGCGGCGUGCGCCGCAACGCCAUGCCAUAGAAGACUGACGCGGGACGCGUCUCACGUGAACCAGCGACUGUCGUCAGCCAGCACAAAGAAAGUUCGCUUUCAGAAACACCUUCACGUGGAGAGAGGCCGCCAUGUCGUCCUCGUGGCCUCCGAUGUUCAACAAGUUCUGGAACAAGAAGUCCGUCACCAUCACCGAGUAUGACCCGACGUACAAGGUGGUCUAUCUGGGCAACGUUCUCACUCCCUGGGCCAAGGGAGAAGGUUGCGUGGACAAGCCUCUGGCCACGCUGUGGAAGAACUACUGCACCAACGUCAAGCAAGACAUCCACAUGAAGCUGACCGUGUGCAACUCGGGUCUCAAGGCCGUCACCAAAGAGCACGGGCUCACGGAGUACUGGGCUAGUCGCAUCACCCACUGCACGUCGGUGUCCACGCACCCCAAGAUCUUCUGUUGGAUAUACAGGCACGAAGGGCGCAAAAUGAAGCAGGAGCUUCGCUGCCACGCCGUCCUGUGCGUCAAGGAGGAAGUGGCGCGUCAAAUGACCACGCAGCUCAACCAAAAGCUCGCCGCGGCGCUCCAAGAGUUCAAGCGCGAGAAACUGAGCCGGCAGAAAGCCAGGCUUUCGCUGGGCAGCAUCUACGAGCAGCCGGCGAUGCCCCGCAGGAAACAAAUGCUCAGCACGGGAUCCAGCAACUUCAGGGCGCCGCUCGAGAGAUCCCGGAGUGCGCCCAAGCUCACGUCCAUCGAAGAAGACGAAGAGGACGAAGACUUUGGCGACGAGGACGACCUCAUCACCACUGGCUCGGAGCAUGAAUCCACGUCGGACGUGGUGACCGACGCCGACUUGGACUCGCUGUCGGAUCACUUCAUGCUCGGUGUUGGUGUGCGCGAGACGGACUCUGUGGACUCGGACUCUGUGGAGGACAUGCCCAAUCCUCAGCUGCGGAGGCGGCCGCUGAACUCGAUCGACGAGACAGUGGACGAGGAGUCGGAUAACGUGUCGGACGAGUCGGGUUACUCGGAAGAAAAGAUUUGAGCUUGUGAUGUCGACUCGGAAAAGAGAGCGUCGAACCGCCCCUUUCCUCAGGAACUUGUACAUAGCGUUGCUGUUAUUUGUUGCUGUCAUUUGCCUGUCUCCGUAGGACGGCGUGCCUUGCGUGUGUGCGUGUGUGUAUGAAGUGUGUGUGUGGGUUGCCGUCCCAGGUCUAGAAACAAACAAAUGUCGCAACUGCAGAGAAAACCAUCCCACCUCGCGGUGCACCAAUACUUUUGUAAGUACACGCAAACCGGUACUGGCAAUGACAGUUGUCCUAUACCCCGUUGUCUUGCCGAGACCCUCUCGUUUCCUGUAUGUGCGCGAGUGCCUGAUCAAAUAGUGCCGAGCCCUCUGAGAGGUCACCAGAUUUCGUUUUAGCGAUUGACGAAUCUCGAAUCAGUAUUUCAAAGCUCUGCUAAAGAGUUGAUGUAAGUUCCUCAUAUUGUUGGCGCGCCUUUUCGGGAACGUGCGCCUCCUCAAAGACUGUCUCUCAUGGCUCGUUUCGGGAAAAGAUUAACGUGAGCGAAUGAACAAACUGUGUGUCCUUUGUGCCGUGUUUAUUUUAUUUUUGCCAGUCGGCGAGGCCGAUUUGGAAGAAGUCAUCCCAUAUGCGGGAAUUGUACAGGAAGAGAGAAGUGAUGAUAAUUAAAGGAAUGAACGUUUGUUCAUUACGUA